CUCUGAUCUUCUGCCCGGACCAUCCGUUUAUUCAUGUCGUGUAGUCUAUAUAUAAGACUCUGCUGAGUUUCCGUCCUUCCCAAUUCCUCAGCUUCUCUCCCCCUCCCCCACCUUCUUCCUUGAAUCGCCGCCAUGGGCGUCCUGGAUCUUGUCCGCGGCCGCAAGGAUAGCGUCGUUGUCAGCGAUCUCACUGCCUCUGCCCACCAGGGCUCCAGCAAUGAGCCUGAAAAGGGUCGUCCCGGGACCGAUUCCGAUACCGAUCAGAGGAGUCUCGAGGCCAUCAACGAGAAAGAAGUAGAGCAGCAUCCCGACCAGGUCACGCAGAAUGCCAAUCGCGGUGUGCAGAAGGCCGAGGCCGCUGCCAUCGUCUGGAGUAAACCGGCUGUCUAUGCCACUUAUGCCUGGUGAGCAAUCAUCUCUGUGGAUUUCUACUUUCCUCCGCUCUAAUCCAUGUUAUCCUGCCCCUCUAGGAUCUGGGUCUGUUUCUUCAUGCUCGCCUUGCAGUCGGCCAUCGGCGCCAAUGUCAUGCCUAUCGCUUACUCCAGCUUCCAAACCGCCCCCCAGAUCAGCACGGCAAAUAUUCUCGCCAGCAUCAUCGGUGGUGUGUUGAAAUUGCCCAUCGCCAAACUCCUGAACGUCUGGGGCCGUGCUGAGGGUUUCUUUGUCUUCGUGGUUAUCUAUGUGGUCGGUCUCAUUAUCCUCGCUUCCUGUAAUGGCCCCAAUGGCUAUGCGGCCGGUUACGUCCUGUACUGGGUUGGCUACGACGCCAUCUACCUCAUCCUAGACGUUUUCAUGGCCGAUACCUCGGGUCUCCGUAACCGAGCCUUCGCCUUUGGCUUUGCUUCCACCCCCUUUAUCUGCACUGCCUUCACCGGUUCUCUGGCUGCCCAGUCCUUCAUGAAGAUGACCACCUGGCGCUGGGCAUUUGGCGCCUUCACUCUCAUCCAGCCCGUCGUCUUCCUGCCCCUGGUGUUUGUCUUUCUCUUCUUUCAGAGAAAAGCAGCUAGCAUGGGCCUCUUCGUCCGGGAAGACAGCGGCCGCACUACAUGGCAAUCCAUCAUGCAUUACAUUCACGAAUUUGAUGUCGUCGGUGCUUUUCUCUUGAUAGCGUCCUGGGUUAUCUUCCUGCUGCCGUUCAGCUUGGAAACAGAAGGGCGUGCUCAGUAUAAGGGUGCCACCUUCAUCGCCAUGGUCGUCGUCGGGUUCUGUCUUUUCUUUGUUUUUGCCGCCUGGGAAAAAUGGCUCGCGCGCACCCACUUCAUCCGAUACGACUUGCUAAAGAAGCCCACGGUGAUUGGUGCUUGCUGCUUGGCGGCAGUUCUGUAUUUCAGCUUCUACGCGUGGGAUCUAUAUUACUACUACUAUGUCAUGAUCGUAUACGACCUGGACACUUCCAUGACCGGGUAUAUGACCCAGAUCUACAACGUGGGUUCCUGUUUCUGGUCCGUUGUGAUUGGGCUCUGGUUCCGCUACACUAAGCAAUUCAAGUAUACCUGUCUGUUCUUCGGGCUACCACUUAUGAUCCUGGGAGCCGGCUUGAUGAUCCACUUCCGUGGAGGAAACAGUGACAUCGGUUACUUGAUUAUGUGCCAGAUCUUCAUUGCCUUUGCGGGUGGCACGCUCGUCAUCGGCAACGACAUGGCCGUUAUGGCGGCGGCGGACCGCGAAGGUGUGCCCAUGAUGCUGUCCCUGAUCGGCCUCUUUUCCAGCUUGGGCGGGGCCAUUGGCCAAGCCGUGACCGCCUCUAUCAACUCCAAUAUCUUCCCAGAAGCCCUCCAGAAGGCCCUGCCGGACGAGUAUAAGUCUCAGUACCUGACUAUUUUCAACGGUGGCACUACAACUCAGCUCGUCUACCCUGUUGGAUCGCCUGUACGCAACGCCAUCGACUACGCCUGGUCUCAGACCCAGAAGGAUACCUGCAUUGCUGCUACUGCGAUUUUGGCUCUCGGGAUUCCCUUCAUUGCCAUCUGGAAGAAUUAUAAACUCGAUAAGAAGCAGAACAAGGGUGUGAUCCUUUAGAUGUAUUUUGGUUGCAGAUUGACCUGUUGGUUGAUGGGUAUGAUUGGAUUGGAUUGGAGUGAGGUUAUUUCAUCUAUACCUGGGAUGUCUCGAAAUUUAAUGGCUUUAUUAUUGUAUCAUUUAACUUCUUUACUCUAUAUACCAAUGUGACGGUUAGCAGACCGCUGAAAACAGCUGCACUUGAUGCGCCAGCAUCCCAUCUUGGCAGCAAAUGAUUCAAAUUAAUUCAAAUUGCACAGCCACAAG